AUGACCCAAGGAGAAACUGCCUCAAAGGAUUAUUGGCCUGCAGAUAUCUAUGAGGCAGCGGCUUCAUUUGUCCCUCGUUUUGCUGACACUCUUGUUCAGAGCAUAGAGUUCAAUCCAACAGACAGAAUCCUAGAUAUUGGAUGUGGCAAUGGAAAAUUCGGAACCAGCUUUGCUCCCUCGGUAGGGUAUGUCAUGGGGAUUGACUCUUCGCCGUCGAUGAUCAGUACAGCGAAGACAUUGGACUAUGGCGGAACAGCGACGGAUUUCUGCGUUGUCGAUUGCCGACAUCUUGAGCAGAAUGCAAAAGUCAUGAAUGGGAAUUGGGAUAAAGUGUUGCACCUCCAACGCUGCCCUCCAUUGGAUUUUGAGAGACCCGUCAACUCGUAUCUCCACCUUGGAAAACAUCUUUCGAUCGAUGAAGCCCGGGGGAACGUUCUUUUUGAAAUGUGCGGGCAUGGGAAUGUACCAGAAAUGACCACAUCGUUCAUGUUUGCUCUCGUCAAUCAUGGGGUUCCAAUUGAAACUGCGGAGGCUCUCUGUCCCUGGUUUUAUCCAUCAGACGACCACAUGAAGAUGAUGCUGGAACAGGUUGGGUUCCGGGUUGAUUUGAUUGCACUAAACCCGCAACCAUUGAAGAUGACCACAUCUGAAAAGGGAGGACUCGAAGGUUUCUUGAGGUUGCUUGGCUCUCAGAUGCUGGAUAUAUUGGAUACAGACGAUAAGAAAAACAGUGCGAUGGAGCAGAUCUGCCGCAUGCUGCGUUAUGGCACUACACGAGAAGAUGGCAGUCAGUGGAGCCAUCCGCAGACACCAAAUGCUCAAAUUCCCGGCUGCAACACCCCAUCAAUCUUCCGCCAGCCCAAUGGACUGACUAUCCCAUGGCUCCAAAAGAGAUAUAUAAUCUAUCAUCGUGACAAGAAUGAUAAGAACCCUACGAUGGCACAGAUACUCGACUUGGGUCAAUUCACUCUCCAGAUCCGAGAUUCGACCUUGCAGCUUCACCUGGCUGCAUGGGCUCACUUCUACCAACCAGCAAGCCAUGGAUGUCUCCAAGCACCGAUGGACUUCACGCAUUUGCCAAAUUUUGAAGAUAUCUGGAUUACAGAGGCACCGGAGCUAACAUUGCGCUUCUUCAUCGGAAGUGAUUGGGAUGGAAAAGAGGCCGAGAGAAUUGCCUUAGAGUUAAAAGAAAACCUUUGCGAUAUGAAGAUUUGGUCCGAUCUGGGAUUCUUGGCUGAGGUUAAAGAGGACGAGCAUGGAAAAAGCAUUGAGACUUCUGGUUUCCACUAUAUCAAAGUUGGUCUACGUAAAGACCAUCAGAUACGGAGUGUUAGCAAGGGGUGGACUUUACCCAAUAUAAUGAUCAAUGCCCCGGAUGUCUGUCCUCCGCCGGGUGUAGCGGUGACUGCAUUGGGUUCAAUUGACGUUCGGUUGGAGUAUUGUUUCCAUUUGAAGCAUCCACCACAUCCACAGGCCCUGGAAACAACAAUAGAACAAGGAUUACCAGCGCAAAUGCAUGGCGAAACUUUCUUGACACCAUUUGGUUCCCACAUUUCUCAAAUAUCUGAACAUACAUUCGGCCCAUCAUGCGACGAGCCCCUUCGGCUGUUUGAGCUUGGUAUUCAAACCCUCCUAGCCUCAAACCCGACGAAAGUCUCCAUGAUCCGUAUCUCAAAACCGAAUACAAUGAAAGCCCUGGCGGAUUUGACUCCUGCAGUGUUCAACCCGGAAUAUCGAGAGGCCAUCAAUCAGCGAGGAGUCACUAUUCCCGUAAUCACAAAAGCCAUCACUGCUAUGCUAUCGAGAAACGAAAAUCCCUCUAUCAAAGCUGGAUUGACGAACUUGCUACCAAUCAAUUCUUCCCUCCACAUAAAUGACCCAACAGUACAAUCCGACAUCUUACGACUGAGAUCUGCAGUUCACACUUCACUUUGGCGGGUCGCUCGGCAAAGUCUACCUACCCAAAAUCCCACCAAAAGAAGAGGCCCCAAGCCUUCUACAAGUUCUCUGCACAACGCGCCGACUGGACCGAAAAUGGCUGAGCCUGAAUUGUCAAUAGGUCAACACCAAUCUGAUGGCCAAAGCCUGGGAGCCCUUCAUCAUUUUGGCACACAGUACAAAAAUGAAGAGAAUGAUGAAUGUUUGCUGAACAGUGAAUCCGAACCCGAAUCCGAAGGCCAGCUUCUAGACGAGCUUAGCGAGAUAGGCUUUACAGAGGCUGGAGACUCGACUCAAACAUCUUUAGAUACGCUUUUUUCGCCGAUUGGGUCCUCUCAAACUUCAUAUUAUGGUCAUGAUAAUACCAUGAUGUUCUCAAGUCCCGUUAGAUCGAUGGAUGAUGAAGAAGACUACAUGGAAGGUUAUGAUGUUUAUGAAGAUAUGACGGGCUAUGAUACAGAUAUUAUAAUGGAUGAUAAUCUUUAA